UAUUAUUAUACUACUCUUUGACCUUGUACCUACCUCCGACCUCCUUACUCCUCUAGUCUUUGGUCCUUUAUUAAUCUGUGACAUGGACAAUCACGUACUUUUAAAAAAUUAACUAAAGCUUGAAAAUUACGAAUUUUGCAUUGAAAAACUGGUAAUUUGUGGUAAAAAUUGUCACACACAUAAUAAAUCGUGAAUCGUAGUGCUUAAAGCACCUUACGGUACAUUUGCCAACGAUCCUUGAUAAUUUUAAAAUUUGAUCCUAUUCAAGUAAAUAAGACGGUCUUGAAGUUGGAUGCCAAGUAAAUAUUUAGAAAUUAAAUAAGACCAACUUGAUUUGUGCGAUUCGUUCGUAUUAUGAAUUAAGUUUAAAUAUAACAUUUGAAUUUAUAAGCACAAUGGCUCCCAUAGUGAAAAAUAUAAUACAUGCAGGACAGAAAUACAUUCCAAUAGUUGAUGGUAGUAAGGCUCACUUUCAUUUCCAAACAUGGAAACUGGGUCCAGAAAGGGCUCUUAUUGAUGACAGUAGAAAAAUUGGGCAAAAAGAACCAAUGAUGCUAGUUAUUGGUCACAAAUUUAAGUUGGAAGUAUGGGAAAGUAUUAUCAAAAUGAUGGCUGUUGGAGAAGUUUCCAGCUUUACGGUCCAAAAAGAGCUUGUUUACAGCUAUCCUUUUGUCUCCAAAACCCUAAGAGAACUGGGUCAAGAACAACAUAAGAUUAAGCAUAGCUGCACAAUGACCUUGCACACUGAAGGUAUUGGAUACCAAGAUCUGGAUGAUUUGAUCAGCAACCCUUGUGACUUGGAGUUUGUCAUUGAACUUUUAAAAGUGGAAACAUCAGAUGAAUACGAAAAAGAAUUAUGGCAACUCAACAUAGAAGAGAGGCUGAAGCUUAUUCCAGAGCUAAAGGAAAAAGGCAACAAGUUGUAUGCUGAAAAACAAUAUAAUGAUGCUGAAGACGCAUAUAGACAGGCAUUGGGUAUUUUGGAACAAUUAAUGAUUAGAGAAAGAAAAAAUGAUGAGGAAUGGAUUGCAUUGAACCAAUUGAAACUCCCAAUCUUAUUGAAUUAUGCACAAUGCAAAUUGCUCAAAGAUGAUUAUUAUGCUGUUAUAGAACAUUGCAGUACAGUCCUUGAAUAUGAUAAAGAUAAUGAAAAGGCAUUGUAUCGACGGGCCAGAGCUCAUGUAGGUGCAUGGAACCCAGAUGAAGCCGAAGAAGAUUUUAAGCAUUUGAAAGCAUUAAAUCCAUCCUUAGCUGUUGCAAUUGACAAGGAACUUGAUAAUAUCAGGUGGCUUCGGAAGGAGAAAGCUGAGCAAGAAAAAACAGCUAUGAGAAAACUGUUUAAUCAAAAUAAUGUAGAAACAUAAAUGCAAUAGUGAUAAUAUCAUUUUACGUGUAGUCAACUACAUUAUUAUUUAGCAUAGAUAUACACAUAUAUCUUGUAAAAAUUAUCUGUCUCAUCAAAAAUAUGAAGUAGAUAUCCAUCCAUUAUUGAUCAAUAAUUUUUAAUAAUCUUACCUGGGUCUUUUCUAUACAAGAAUGCCACAGUAAUAUUCUUUUUAUUCUCUGGUACUUUUACCCACAGCUUCGCCCACUA